AUGUUCUUUCCUGAUUGGCGUUCUUCAAGUAUUGCUUGUGCUAUAUUUUCAAUGCCUGCAUUAAUUAUCAUAAUAUUUUUAAUGCCUGAAAGUCCUACAUGGCUUCAUAGUAAGGGCCGUCUUGAACAAAUGCGAAUAAAUGAAAGAAAAAUUGCUCGGUUAGCAGGUUUUCCACCGUCAAUUAAAUUACCUGAACAUGAAAAAUUAUCACCAUCAGAAAAUUCUUUUUGGAAUUUAAUCAAAGAUAAAACUCUUUUGAGACGAGUUUCGGUUCUUUGGGUUAUGUUCACAGCAGCAAUUUCCGGAUAUUCUAUAGAUUUGAAUAGUUCAAAUAUUAGUGGUGAUCUUUUUCUUAAUCAAAGCCUUCUUUCGUCGAUAUGUGCAAUCUCUAAAAUAUGCCUUGUUAUAGUUGAUACAGUAUUUCCAAAAUUUUCUCGGCGUAAUCUCCAUCAAGGAGCACAACUUGUAGUAAUUAUAUCUGCAUCGCUUCUAGUCUUCUUCGUUUUUUAUGAUCAUGAUGGGAUUGGAAUUCUUUUGGCUAAUUUAAUUGGAAUAACAUUCAUUGAAUUAACUUGGGAUGCCUGCUAUCUCUGCGCCGUAGAAUCGGUGCCAACAUCAUUGAGAGCCUCAUCAGUUGGUUCAUGUUCAUUAAUAGCUCGUAUUGGUACCUUAAUUGCCCCAGUGUUAGUAUUUUUAAACACUCGUUGGCCUGCAAGUGUUUAUUUAAUUAUUGUCCUAAUUGGUUCAAUAAAUUUGUUAAUUUCCUGGUUAUUUUUAAUUGAAACAAAGGGAAUUAAUUUGGAUUCUGUACAUUUACAUGAAGAUAAUAAACAAUACGAAUUUAUAGGAAACGAAGAAAUGAAGAACUUAAAAAUUGACGAAAAUAAAAAAUAAAUUUUGUUAGAGUUUUAUUAUUAAUAAUUUUUUUUUGUAAAUUUUCGAGCACUUUCUGGUAAUAUUUCAUUUUGUAUUUUGCAUUUUU